AACCUUUAAUCUCACGUCACUAUGGCACAAUCCUAAAGCCUGCUUUAGUCCCAUAUCACAAAGGUGGACUUAAAGCUGUACAAUUAGGAUUUCAAGAAUUUGGUUCAAACAUUUCGAAAACAACGACAAACAUACUUAGAUCUCUAAACUUAUCAAAACCUCCGGAUGAAUCAACAAACAAACGUAAGAGUAAUAAGCAAACUAGAGAGAAACAUUUUAUAGAGCGUGAAUUGCUUAAACGACAGCAAUUGAAAAAGAUAUAUUCGGAGGCAGGAUCUACUGUAAGUUUAAUAAGUGGUGGUGAUACAAGAAAUUCUAGUCGUAGCAGUUUAGUAAGUAUUAGUAGUGAUGGUCGAACUAGUAUAGAUACAGGAACAAGAAAUUCUAUUGAUGCAAGUAAUAUUAAUGAUGAAGCAUCAGUUCGUAGAUAUAGUAUAGAUA